GUGAGAACAAGUUAUGACGAGACAUAUAUAUCAGGUAUAUCUUGAAUGCAAAUGACAUCUCAUUUUAUAGGGAAUAACUGUACCCUUUAAUCUUUAUAUGGUUCUAUUUCGCAAUGGAUCGAUUACAUGUCACGGGAAAAGAUGACAGUUUCAGAAAAAUAGAACUGGAUGAGCAUUACAUAUAUGGUCACUGGGGCAGAUAUCAGACAAUACAAGCCGCCUUCAUAUUUCUACAUAUAUGGCAAGCUGGUUUUCAGCUACUGAUUGGAGUUUUUAUAGGAUACAGGCCAGACUUCCAAUGUGCAGCUUCGGAGUUGGAAAACAAAUAUCUUACCAAUGGUUCUAUUUACGUGACAUAUGAAAAAUGUCACAUCAACAUAUUCCACAACGACACAAGUGGUUCGAUCCCUCAGUUGAUAGCAAUGAAAGAAUGUACUAACGGUUACCUGUACCAUCUGGACAAAGACAGUACUAUUGUCACAGAAUUUGAUCUGGUUUGUGACCGAGCGAAUUUGGCGGAGCUGCUGCAGACACUGAUAAUGGCAGGACAACUUGUGGGUGCCGCCUGUGCAUCUUCACUCAGUGAUAGAUUUGGAAGAAAGAUCGUCCACCUUAGCUGUAACCUUUUGACCCUGAUCUUGGGUAUUGGUGUGGCCUUUGCAUCGAACUAUACAGUACUGGCAGUAGGGAAAUUCAUUCUCGGAGUGUUGCAGCAGGGUAUUGUAAUGUCCGGUGUAGUCUUUACAUUGGAGCUCUUUCCAGAGCAGACCCGCUAUACCAGUGAAGUGCUAGGCUCAUUUAUCUGGACCACUGGUUUAGUCAUUAUGUCUUGUAUUGCUUUUCUGUUGCGGCAUUACUCGUGGAGACAUCUACAAAUUGUAUUGUCCUGUUUUUCAUUGCUUAGUGUAGUCCAAUAUUGGAUUCAAGAUGAAUCAUUAAGGUGGCUAGUUGUCAACGGAAAACAGAAAGAAGUAGAAAGAAUAGUAAGAAAAGUAGCAAAAUGGAAUAAAUUGAAUUACGAUGAUCUAAAGAAGAUAGUAAAAAAGAACCUGGUAUUCCAACAAAACGACCACGAGGAGAUUGGUGGUAAUCUGCUGGAAAAAGAUCCCGAGGUCGACACGUCUAAUGUGGAGAAAUAUUCCAUAAUUACCAUCUUUAAACACAAAUCCAUAUUGGUCGUUACCAUAAUGAUGUGCUUCGCAUGGGUGACUAACACCGUUACCUACUUUGGAUUGACCUUGACCUCUACCUCUUUGGCGGGAAAUCGAUUCCUGAACUUUUUCUUGAUGACCUGCGUAGAAUACAUAUCGCUUGUACUGGAAUACCUUACGCUUCGCCACCUAGGUAGACGAACCACUACAAUUAUUUUCCACACUGUAACAGGAACAUCAUUGGCACUUGCGACUCUUUUGAAUUACUUUUCAGAUGGAGAUGAAACAUUCGUCAUGCUUUCUACUGUCGCAACAUUUAUUGGGAAAAUGUCUGUGACAGGAUCUUUUAGUGUUUUAUUUCUCUUCACUCCGGAACUGUUCCCCACCAAUCUGAGGAAUGUUGGUAUUGGAAUGUGUUCGACACUGUCCAGAAUCGGUGCAAUGGUUUCUCCUUUUGCAGGCACUUUGGCAAGAUCUAUACCUUGGGCCCCUGGAACAAUAUUUGCGUCCAUGUGUUUCAUCGUAACGAUAAUUAUGUUGUAUUUACCUGAAACACGUGGUAUGGAUUUACCUCAGACACUCGAAAACGUGAAGGUGUGGUAUGCGGAAAACAGUGGAAUUCGACUUCGAAAAGGACGCCAUAAACAACGCAUAAAAGAUGAGGAAAUUUGUAUUGCAGCGGACUCUAAAUCAUUAGAUGAGAUGCUGUAGAAAUUAUAUUGUACCUUCCAAGGAUUUUGUAAUGAAAAUGUACAUGUUCAGAUAUUAUCAUAAAAGGCGUACAUAGCUA